AUGGAUAGACAGAUUUAUAUUAGACGGAUGGACGGAUGGACGGAUGGACGGAUGGACGGAUUUUCAGAAAGUUCAAAAGUUCAAAAGUUCAAAAGGGGAAAUCUCGAGGAAGAUAUAGAAAAUGAAGAAAAUGAAGAAAACGAGAAUGUCAAGAAGAGAGAGAGAAAGUUGAUAGAGGAAGAGGAAGAGGAAGAGGAAGAGGAAGAGGAAGAGGAAGAGGAAGAGGAAGAGGAAGAGGAAGAGGAAGAGGAAGAGGAAGAGGAAGAGGAAGAGGAAGAGGAAGAGGAAGAGGAAGAGGAAGAGGAAGAGAAGAAAAAGAGAAGAAAAGAAAAAGGGGGAAACUAUUUAAGAGUUAGGUAUUAG